GCCAGAAAGAUUUUUGGUUGAGUGACUGAUAGUCGGAAGUUGGAUUCGCAAGGUACGUACUGCCUUACGACUAUAGUCUUAGCCAAUGUGUAUAGGAGCUGUCCCCACUCCUGAAGACCCAGUUGGGCUAACUUUUUUGGCUUUGAAGCAAUUUUCCUAUUCCCCUUGUCUUUUAAUGAAAGAGUGCACUUGCUCUUACUGGGAGCCCACUUGGGACUUUGUGUUGUGCACUAAAAAAAAUCCUUUUGUGGACAGACCUUCCACACAGGAUUGGAUAGAACUAGGGCUCAUUUGUUCUCUACAAGCAAACGAUCUAAAUGAUUAUUAAAAUAGGAAUGAGGGGAAGCAAAAGAAUGCCAGUACUGCAAAUGUUCCAGCUGGUUCAUCUAAUAUCUAUUAUCAUCGUCGUUGUCGUCCUACUAAUUAAGGAAGCAAGUUCAGCCUCUAAUUAUUCUAUGGUGAAGCCCAACUGCCCAGUGAAAUGCGGGGAUUUGAGGAUUCCAUAUCCAUUUGGCGUAGGGAAAGGAUGUUACUUAAACAAGAAGUUUGAAGUCACAUGCAAUAAAUCUACUCUCUACUAUUCCCAUUCCCAUUUACAAGUGUUCCGAUUCUCUUUGGAUCAUCACUAUGCAACUAUUGAUGGCCAGGCUGCUGUUCUUUGUCACGACAACAAAUCUGGACAAAGUUUUAUUCAGUCUGUGUUUUCAAGUUUGGACCAAGAAUUCCGAAUCUCUGGCACCCAAAAUAAGUUGGUUGCCAUAGGAUGUGACUUCUUUACUUAUAUCACUGAAUUUGAAAGUGCAGAAUACAUAAGUGGUUGUUCAUCACUUUGCUAUAACACAAGCAGGGAUAGCAUUUCCGUCCCUCCUUCUCUUGAUCAUAAUAUAAAUCACUCUUCUUGCUCAGGCAUUGGUUGCUGCCAGACUAGUCUUCCAAAAGAUCUCAUCUCCUUCGAGGCGCGCAGCCUUUCCAUCAAUACAGAGGGACGGUCCUGGGCCUUCAAGCCAUGUAGCAUUGCUUUCAUUGCAGAAAACAACUUCACAGAAUUCAGAAAAUUCAACAUCUCUGGUGUUACUCAUUUCAGUGUCUUGCCUGGUGUCCCAACGGUGAUUGACUGGGCAGUUGGGAAUAUCUCUUGUCAUGACGCUCGCGCAAGAUCAGACUAUGUAUGUGGCCCUAACAGUUACUGCAUAGAAUCCAGUAGUAAUUACGGCAUAAGAUAUAGAUGUCAUUGCUCUCAAGGAUACCAAGGGAACCCUUACCUCCAAAUUAAUGGAUGCCAAGACAUUGAUGAGUGCAAAGACACAAAAAGAUAUCCUUGCCCAAAGGGUGCUCUUUGCAAGAACACUGCAGGUAGCUACUCGUGCCCUUGUCCAGCUGGUCACAAGAUUGAUGGAAAUGGUACUGGAUGCAUAACUGACCCAGGGAGGCGAUUAUUAGCUCUAAUUAUUCCUUUAAGCUUCGGAAUUGCUAUUGGCAUUCUGCUAUUGAUUGCUACAGGUUUAUAGUUGCACGGUGAGCAUAAGAAGAGACAGAAAAACAAACUAAAAAAGAAUUUAUUUAAGAGGAAUGGAGGUUUGCUAUUGCAACAACAGAUCUCUUCUAGUACUAAUAGUGUUGCGAGAACAAAACUCUUCAUCAUAGAAGAGUUGGAGAAGGCGACAGACAAUUUUAGCAAUAGUCGAUUUCUUGGCAAGGGAGGGCUUGGUACAGUUUAUAAAGGGAUGUUAUCGGAUGGAAGCAUUGUGGCUAUUAAGAAAUCUAACAAAGUUGAUGAAAAUCAAGUUGGUCAGUUCAUAAAUGAAGUUAUUAUCCUCUCUCAAAUAAACUAUAGAAACAUUGUGAAAUUGUUAGGGUGCUGCUUAGAGACUGAAGUUCCAAUACUAGUUUAUGAAUAUGUCUCAAAAGGCACCCUCUCCGAGCAUCUUCAUGAUGAGGGCCAUGCUUCGAUGUCUUGGGAUAAUCGCUUGAGAGUUGCAGGGGAAAUUGCUAGAGCACUUGCCUAUUUGCACUCGUAUGCUUCUACAGCUAUCUUUCAUAGAGAUAUAAAGUCUAGCAACAUACUGUUGGAUGAAAAUUAUAGGGCUGUAGUAUCUGAUUUUGGACUUUCAAGGUCAGUGCCACUUCACCAGACUCAUUUGACGACAUUCGUUGGGGGCACAUUUGGUUACUUGGAUCCAGAGUACUUUCGAUCAGGGCAGCUUACUGAUAAAAGUGAUGUUUAUGCCUUUGGUGUAGUUCUUGAUGAACUCCUAACGGGGGAAAAAGCCGUCUCUUCUGAUAAAUUUGAUGAAGGUCUUGUACUUCAUUUUUAAUCGUCAAUGAAACAGAAUCGUUUGUUUGAAAUUCUAGAGCCACUGGUUGUGAAUGACGGUAAGGAAGAGGAGAUUCAAGCUAUCGCUACUCUUACUGAAAGAUGCCUAAAACUGAAUGCAAGGAAGAGGCCAAAUAUGAAAGAAGUAGAAGCAGAACUGGAUCAAUUGAGAAAGAUAAGAGAGCAGCCACUACUCAAGCAGAACAGCGAAGACAACUACGGUUCGGCAAGUGAAAGGUCCCAUUCUGACACAAUUGAUGCAGUUGAAGAAUAAAAAUAAUAGUCCACUUAUAAUUUCAAUCUUUACUGCAUGUAAUUAAAUUUUUAAAAUCUGUUGGCCAUAAAAUUUUGGAGUGAAGCUGGUUCCCUUUAGUGUGUAUUAGUUUUACUUUAAUAGGCAGACAUAUUAGAGUACUCUGAUAAGUUGAUUGGUGUCAGUUGUGUGGUGUUCAAUGCAUGUAUAUUUUAUGAAAUUGUUGCUUUGUAUUUGGUUAUUUCUUAUUUCUCUUUUCAAUGGUUGGCCAAGUAAUGUUGAAUUGUUGAUGGAAAUAUUCAACUUCAACAGAGGUGUAG